AUGGCUAGAGGAAAAUCAGUGGGAAAUUACUCUCCUGCUGUUGCAGGAAAGAGUCUGGCUCAUUAUAAGGCAGCGAAGAACGUGCGAUAUGAACGAGAGCCAUAUAAUAGUAUAGGAGACAACGACUCGGACUCAUCACCUUUAUCGUCAUUAGAUAGUGAUGAUGCUGGUAAUAAUGAUGAUGACGAUGAUAGUGAAGGUGGAGACGCUGAUGAACCAGACGACGAGGAUAAUAAUGAUAACGACGAGGAUGACGACGAGGAUGUUGAUAUUGGUGAUUCAGAUAUAACAGUGGAUUCAGCGCCAGAACUCAUUAUCGAGAAUUUAAAAGACAUGUCUUCAGAUGAAGAGUCUGAGGAUGAUGAAGAGGAAGACGAUGAUAAUGAAGAUUCUGAUUCCGAUUCAGAUGCUGGUUUAGUUCCGUCGAAAUUUCUCACUCCUCUCAAAAAGAAAAAUCCUGCUAAAGCAGCUUCUGCUAAUAGAAAGUCACGAGAAUCAACCCCGCUUCCUGUACCAAAACGACUUGAUCUGUCAGAGUUGCGUGCUAAACAGUUGGAAGAAGAAAAGCGAAAAGCAGAGCUUCAGAAACCAACGUUUAUCGACAAUGAGGAUGAUGAAGAGGACGAGGACGAAGAAGAAGACGAUGAUGAUGAUGAGGAGGAUGACGAAGGAUCUCCAGAACAAGUGACCCCAUUGCAAAAUAAACGACGGAGGCGAGCUUCGAUAGUCGACCAUUCAUACGACGAGAAAUUGACAUUCCCCAGAUCAGACUCAUUACCACCACCUCUGACAGACGUUGAAGAGGCUAUUAUUAAUGAUGAUGAAGACGAGGAGGAGGCUGAUGACGACGAAGAUGAUUAUGACGGAAUUGCAGGUGGUGCUAGUGGUGUAGAAGACGAUUCUAGCGGUGAUGAGUUUGACCAAGAUUCGUUGCUUGCAUAUCUCGAACAAGAAGAAAGCUCACCAGAAGUAGCUGACGAGUAUGACGAAGAAGACGAUGGCCACAUUGAAGAACAAGAAGAAAGAGAGAUUAUGAACGACAUGAAGAAUGGGGAUGAUCUGUUUUCCAACCCUUCGUCGCCCUAUGCCACAACACCAGUAGUUGAGUCUGAACCGGUCGUCAGUUUACCAGAAGACGAGGAUGAAGAUGAUAACGACGAGGACGAGAUUUCGUUUGACGAUGACUUUUUCGAGCCUCGUGGUACCAGUUCGCAUGUUUUAGUGUCUACAUCCAACGGACGUAACACAUCACCAUCAGACGACGACGACUCAUAUUUAUGGUCAUACUUCUUCACGUCGGAUGAAGAGUCGGGUGAGGAUGGUAGCAUGAUCAGUAAUAUAAUUCCUUCCAGCGGCAACACAAGCGGGACUAUGUCUGCCAAUGGCGGUGCUAAUCGCACCGACCCUGGCUAUUAUUCUGAAGAUGAGACCGACGACGACCUAACCAUCCCGCCACCGAGUCUUAGAAAACCAGGCACCCGGGCCACCGAAAUCCUGUCCUCGUCGGCAGUUGCAUCGCGUCCUCCUGUAUUAGGAUCAUGGGAUCUCAACAGUGAAAGACCCUUUGGAAUUAUUGACGGUCUCACCACAAGAACAUUGAGUCCACCACCUUCGCCAUAUUCCGUCGUCAAGACCACUAGCAUCAGCAAUGAAGAGCUCGAAAGUAUACUCAAUGGAGCCAAUGGCGUGAGUAUUGAGGAUAUUUUCAUUGACACGGAUCUUGUUGACAGUCUAGCCAAUGGCACGAGUCCCAGCAACGGACGCAGUCGCAAGCGUGGCCGGUCGCAGAAUGGGUUUCAAAGCGACAGCGAGCUCAGUGAGCUGGCUCUUGACGAGUUUAUUUACACCGACGAGCUUGACGAUGUAGGAGAAGACGAUGCUGUUACCGACUCAACACCGCUGUGGGCCAACAGAUUCAACAGCGAUGUACCCAUGUUCGCAUUCCGUAACCGAGGACUUCAGCCUGUAUACAGUCAACCGACAGCACGACGACUUUCAAUGAGCACCCGAGGACGCGACGGACGACGAACGUCGCCCAAAGAAGCGGUCAUCACUCCCGUGAAAGCGGUGAAAAAGCGGAUGAAGAAGAAACUACGGCGUCGCAAGAGUAUCCAGGACGAUACUCAAGACACCUCCGGUAUCGGUAACACCACCGACCUGAUAGACGAGCUGGUCGAGUCCGGCGCCCUGUCGCCGCUAUUCAGCGGCAUCUCAUAA